AUGUGCCGCAGCAUCAAGGUACUUCGCAGUGCUGAAUCCCCUGCGACGGACGCAGAUAUUGAGGCCGCGGCGCUGCAGUUCGUGCGGAAGAUCAGCGGCUAUCGCCAGCCGUCGCGGGCCAACGCAGAGGCCUUCGACCAAGCGGUCACAGAGGUUGCGGAGUCGUCUCGAAGACUGUUGUCGCAGUUGGCGGUGCGCACCUCUGGGUGA